AUGGAAAAACGAACAAAGGCUGAGUUGAUUCUGCAUGGCGGCGAGCGUUUUCAGGGCUUCUCCUUUGGCUAUGAUGAGAGUGUGGCGGGUGAAGUGGUAUUUGCCACAGGUAUGGUUGGAUACCCAGAGAGUCUUACAGAUCCAUCGUAUCAGGGACAAAUUCUCGUGUUAACAUCUCCCAUGAUUGGAAAUUACGGUAUUCCUCCUCUUGAGGUGGAUCACUUUGGAAUGACAAAGUUUUUUGAAAGCAUGAAUGGUAAAAUUCACGUCAGUGCCGUGGUGGUUUCAGAGUACUGUGAAGAUCCUUCGCAUUGGCAACUCUACGAGACACUUGGACAAUGGUUGCAGCGAAAUAAGAUUCCAGGUUUAAUGAUGGUGGAUACACGCAGUAUUGUGUUAAAACUUCGUGAAAUGGGAACAGCGCUUGGAAAGAUUGUGAUUGGAGGCGCAGAUGUUCCUUUUGUAGAUCCCAAUACACGUAAUUUGGUAGCAGAAGUUAGCACAACAACUCGCCGCACAUAUGGACAUGGUACACUUAUUAUCCUUGUAAUUGAUAUGGGAGUAAAAUUAAAUACAUUAAGGUGUUUAUUAAGAUAUGAUGUCACACUUGUGGUGAUUCCACAUGAUUGGGAUAUCACAAAGGAAACAUAUGAUGGUCUCUUUAUUUCAAAUGGUCCUGGUAAUCCACAGAUGUGUACAAAGACGAUUGAAAAUGUUCGAUGGGCUCUUACACAGGAUAAACCUAUUUUUGGUAUUUGUAUGGGUAAUCAAAUGUUAGCACUUGCAGCUGGAGGAAGUACAUAUAAAAUGAAAUACGGCCAUCGUGGACAAAAUCAACCGUGUACAUGCCGAAUUGAUGGAAAAGUGGUAAUUACAACACAAAAUCACGGUUUCGCUGUUGAUUUUAAAUCUAUGCCUCAAGAUGAAUGGUGUGAAUAUUUUUAUAAUCCAAAUGAUGAUAGUAAUGAAGGUUUAUGGCAUAAAACGAAACCUUUCUGUGCCGUACAGUUUCACCCUGAAGGACGUUGUGGACCUCAAGAUACAGAAUACCUUUUUGGUGAAUUUAUUGAACGUGUAAAACUAUCUAAAGUUAAAUUGGCGGCUAAACAUAAACCUCGUAAAGUACUCGUACUUGGAGCAGGUGGUAUUGUAAUUGCACAAGCCGGUGAAUUUGAUUAUAGUGGUUCUCAAUGUCUAAAGGCAUUACGUGAAGAAGGAAUAGAAACAGUACUUGUAAAUCCAAAUAUUGCUACUGUGCAAACAGAUGAUGAGAUGGCAGAUCAUCUUUACUUUGUUCCUAUCACACCAGAUGCAGUGGAACGUGUGAUUGAAAAGGAACGACCAGAUGGUAUUUUACUUGGAUGGGGAGGUCAAACCGCAUUAAAUUGUGGUUUAGAACUCGAACGUCUUGGCGUAUUAAAAAAAUAUAAUGUUCAAGUACUUGGUACUCCUAUUUCUACAAUUGCCGUUACAGAAGACAGAGAACUUUUCCGUAAUGCUUUAUUACAAAUUAAUGAACAAGUGGCGAAAUCCGCAGCUGUUACUUCUGUAGAGGAAGCAGUAAAGAUCUCUACUACUAUUGGAUAUCCCAUGAUGGUACGUGCGGCCUAUUGUCUGGGUGGUCAAGGUAGUGGUAUUGUAAAUAAUGAAGAGGAGUUAAAGCAUAAGGUGGAAAUUGCUCUUGCGGCUUCACCACAAGUUUUAUUAGAAGAAAGUGUGGCUGGAUGGAAAGAAAUUGAAUAUGAAGUUGUACGAGAUAUUUAUGAUAAUUGUAUUACGGUAUGUAAUAUGGAAAAUUUUGAUCCUAUGGGUAUUCAUACAGGAGAUUCUAUUGUUGUGGCUCCAUCCCAAACAUUAACAAAUGAUGAAUAUCAUAUGCUUCGUAGUGCAUCUAUUAAGAUUAUUCGUCAUCUUGGUAUUAUUGGUGAAUGUAAUAUUCAAUACGGUCUUGAUCCUUAUUCACAUCGUUAUGUUGUUAUUGAAGUAAAUGCCCGUUUAUCUCGUUCUUCUGCAUUGGCAUCUAAAGCCACUGGAUAUCCACUUGCCCACGUUGCAGCUAAGAUUGCUCUUGGUAAAGGUCUUUUUGAAAUUGCGAAUGGUGUUACUAAGACUACCAUGGCAUGUUUUGAACCUAGUCUUGAUUACAUUGUUGUAAAGGCUCCAAGAUGGGAUCUUAAUAAAUUUAAUAUGGUAAGUGAUGAAAUUGGCUCCAUGAUGCGUAGUGUUGGUGAAGUGAUGGCUAUUGGACGUACAUUUGAAGAAUCUUUACAAAAGGCAUUGCGAAUGGUGGAUCCAUCUCAUACUGGAUUUGAUGUUCCUGUACGUUUGGAAUCUAAAAAAUCAUGGGAUUAUAUGCAUUAUGUGAAGGUUCCUACACCAGAUCGUAUUUUUGCUAUUUGUCGUGCUUUCCAUGAAGGUGUUUCUGUAGAAGAAAUUCAUGCCUUGACAAAAAUUAAUACCUUCUUCCUUAAGAAAUUACAAAAACUUAUUAUUUUACAGGAUAAUAUGGUAAAAUUAUAUAAAGGACAAAUAAGUACAAUGCCACAUGAUUUCUUACUGAACAUGAAGGCUCAUGGAUUUAGUGAUAUUCAAAUUGGUAAAUAUAUGGAUUGUACCGCAGAUGCUGUACGUGCUCGACGUAUGGAAUUAAAUAUUUCUCCUAAAGUUAAACAAAUUGAUACAGUGGCUGGUGAAUAUCCUGCUGCUCAAUGCUGUUAUUUAUAUACCAGCUAUAAUGCUCAAAAUGAUGAUGUGGAUUUCUCAGAGCGUAUGUAUGCUGUACUUGGAUGUGGUGUUUACCGUAUUGGUAACAGUGUAGAGUUUGACUAUGGAGGUGUUCUCGUUGCCCGUGAAUUACGUCGUCUUGGAAAUAAAGUUAUUCUUAUUAAUUAUAAUCCUGAAACUGUUUCUACCGAUUAUGAUGAAUGUGAUCGUCUCUACUUUGAAGAGGUUUCUGAGGAAAGUGUUUUGGAUAUUUUACUUAAGGAACGUAUUCGUGGUGUUGUGAUUUCUCUUGGUGGACAAAUUGUACAAAAUAUGGCUCUUCGACUCAAACAACAUGGACUUCCUAUUCUUGGUACAGAUCCAGUGAAUGUGGAUAAGGCAGAAGAUCGUAAUAAGUUUUCUAAAAUGUGUGAUGAUCUUGGUGUACCUCAACCAGAGUGGAUUCUCUCUACCAGUGUAGAGCAAGUUCAUGAUUUCUGUGAACGUGUGGGUUUCCCAACACUUGUUCGUCCAAGUUACGUUUUAAGUGGAUCUGCUAUGGCUGUUAUUGGAAGUGCAGCAGAUAUUGAUCGUUACUUAACAGAAGCUUCACUUGUUUCUGGUGAACAUCCAGUUGUGGUAAGUAAAUACUAUGAAGGUGCGAUGGAAUAUGAUGUUGAUAUUGUGGCUCAUCAUGGAAGAGUUCUUUGUUAUGCUAUUUGUGAACAUGUGGAAAAUGCUGGUGUUCACUCUGGUGAUGCUACAAUGUUUUUACCUCCUCAAUAUACAGAUAAAGAUACGAUGAAACAUAUUUAUGAUGCCGCAACACGAAUUGCAGAAGAAUUGGAUGUAGUGGGUCCUAUGAAUGUACAAUUUUUACUUACAAAAGAUAAACAAUUACGUGUUAUUGAAGCUAAUAUUCGUAGUUCACGUUCUGUUCCAUUUGUUUCAAAGACUCUUGGUAUUUCAUUCCCUGCUGUUAUGGUAUCCGCAUUUCUCUCUCAGCGAGAAUCCGAUCUUGUUCCUAUUAAACGUGCAAAGAUGACACAUAUUGGAUGUAAGGCUUCUAUGUUUUCAUUUAAUCGCUUAGCGGGUGCAGAUCCAAUUUUAGGAGUAGAAAUGUCUUCCACAGGUGAGAUUGGUGUAUUUGGCCGAGAUAGAAAUGAAGUUUUCCUGAAAGCUUUACUCUGUCAAAACUUCCGUUACCCAGAACGUGGUGUAUUUAUCAGUUGUGAUGUGGAUUCUAUGGCAGAAGAACUUUGUCCAUAUUUUGCUCGUAUUGCCCAACGUUUCCCAUUAUUUACUUCUACCCAAACAUCAGCUGUACUUUCAGAGUAUGGUAUUAAACACACUGUAUUAACUCAACGACACGAAGACAGUAACCCAACAUAUGAUGCUGCCGUUGCUACAAAGGAAUUAUUUGAUCUUGUUAUUCAAUUACGUGAUAAACGUAAUGAUUUUGUUCUUCGUCGUUGUACACGUGAAACGGCUCCACCAGACUAUUGGGUACGUAGACUUGCAGUGGAUUAUAAUAUUUCUCUUCUUACAGAACCAAAUGUGGUAAAAAUGUUCUGUGAAACUCUACAUAUUCCACUUCAUGCUAUUGAAAUUGAACCUUUCCGUAAUUAUGUCCCACGUGUCUAUCAUAAGAUUGAAAAUGAUAACUGUGCCAUGCUGCGUCGUCAUAAGGUGGGUCUCUGUAUUACUAGCAGAAAUGACAGUAAAGUAUUGGCGAUUCGACUACGUGAGGAAAAAAUUGCGCUUACAUGUUUCCACGCUUGUCUUGGUGGUAUUCAUGCUUCCAGUGAGGCUGUUGCAGAACAAUUCCGAGGAAUGGGAGUACCAGUUGAAGUUGUGGAUUUGCGUUGCCAAUUAGCAGAACUUUCAUUUGAUAUGGUAAUGGCUAUGGUAGGAGAUGAAACCAAUAAUUGGCAUCUUCCCGGUUUAAGUCAACAUGUGAUGGGUAUUCAUCUUCUUAAGGCUAUGCGGGAUCGACAUAUGACUGUGGUAGCACAAAGUUCAUCACGUGGAAAGAAGGAACUUAACUUUGAACGUUAUGUACGUACAUUUUAUCCACAAAUGGGUGUUUAUAACCCAUGGCGCGAUCCACGUCUGCUUUGUGAUUUCCCUAAUCCUGCUGAUAAGAUUGCCUUUUUACGUAAGUAUGGUGUAAAGGCUACCAACACACAAGUUGUGGAACACAGCAGUAUAUGUGGUGUUACUUAUCAAGUGCAGGAUGUACGUAAUCUUCCAGCUCCACAAAUUGUUCGUCCAAUUCGUGAAUGCCCGCAAUCCCCUGAAUUCUGUUCUCUUACCUUCCGUGCGGCCCGUUGUGUGAAUAUUAAUGGUACAGAAGUUACUCCACUGCAAGCCCUUCAAAUGGCAAAUGAAAUUGCUGGUCGAAAUGGUGUUGGAAUGGUUCGUACACGUGAUGGUAAUAUGUAUGAAGCCCCUGGUAUGGCUUUACUCUCAAAGGCCCUUCGCUUCUUAUAUGAUGUUUGCUUUGAUCGCAAUGCGGCUGAUAUGUUCCGUCUCUACUCUAGCCACAUUGCCUCUCAACUGGCCGCUCAAUCUCUGAUGGAGCGCCAUACUCAAUCAGCACUAGAGGCAGUUCGCUAUCUCACCACAGAAGUCGAUGGUGUUGUGGAGGUGGAACUCAAUCAAGGCGAAAUCAUCUUUUUGAAGAUGUCGCAUGUGACUAAGCCGGUGACGAAGCGCACAACGAAGAUUGUAACGGAGGAGGAAUUGGAGGAAGUGUUCCAACCAGGCAACGGAUCCUUCAGUGAUGUGCAGUGGUAA